AUGGAGGAUGCGCUGUGGCAAUGUCAGGACACGGAGACCAAGCCCGGAGGCACAAGUCAGAGCCGGACUGAGACCGCCGUGUCCCACGUUAAACCGUUUGAGCUAUUUCUGCUGGGACUCGCUUCAGCCAAUCUAGAGGAAAUUGUCAUCGUAAACAUCUACGACGUUCACGUUCUUGAGGUUUUCUCAGCCGCCGCCGGCUAUUGGCGGUGUCGCCUGCUUAGAUUCAUGACUGUUUUUGGUGAGAUCGCCAGCAUCCUCUUCACCGUCGUCAUCUGCAUCUUCCGCUACCAGAAGCUGAGGGACAUCAACCACAGGGGCAGCCUCCCGAUUUGGCUGGACAGCGUCACGUCUGCCGGGAUGAUGAGCGGAGUCUGCGUGACGCUCUCCACCCUUGUCAGUCUCCCAGUGUUUGUCACCCUUCAAGAAUCUGUGGAAAACACGACGGUAAACAGUGGUGGUUGCCCUCCCGACCUCUUUCAGUGCGGUGAGAAUUACUGUCCGACCCUCAACCGCGUGUAUAAAUACCUGAUGAUGAUCCUCUGCCACCUGCUGCCCCUGAUCAUUGUCACGGUCACCAGCUGCCUGACCAUCACAGUACUCCUGAGACAGAUUUAUUCGGUGACACCGGCGAAUGACGCCAGAUGCCCAGACCACCCCAGUGGGAAGAGUCAUGGACUCCAGCGAAGUACGGUGGCUGUGGUGGCAGCCAUGGCAUUAUUUCAGGUAGACUGGACUCUCUACCUAAUCCUUGAAUGGACUUUAAGACCCAGUGACAAGCAUUUUAUGGAUGAAAUCAAGUUCUUUAUCUCCACCUCUUAUAUGUCUAUUAGUCCAUAUGUGUAUGGGAUAGGGAGUCAUUUGUUUUCUCUUGAAAAGUGCAGACCGUGUUUUAAACUUUGAACCAGCUUUGCUGUUAAAUUCUUUAUCAAUUCAGAGCUGUUAUUUUUUUUUACUAUGAAAUGGUAGUGAGGAAAUUAGUAUUUUUAGCAGCUAACAAAACUAUGUCACAU